UGGACCUAGAGAUUGUCAUACUGAGUGAACAUGGGUAAGUUCUCUCUCCAUGGGGAUGAUUUUCUUCUGCUGCCCAAUUGUCAGCGUCUUCACAGACGUGUUUGGUUGCCGGAGAACAGCUGUUGUGGGUGCUGCUGUUGGAUUUGUUGGACUCGUAUCAAGUUCUUUUGUAAGCUCCAUCGAGCCUCUGUACCUGACCUAUGGAAUCAUAUUUGCCUGUGGCUGCUCCUUUGCCUACCAGCCUUCAUUGGUCAUUUUGGGACACUAUUUCAAGAAGCGCCUUGGACUGGUGAAUGGCAUUGUCACCGCCGGCAGCAGUAUCUUCACAAUUUUGCUGCCUUUCCUUUUAAGGGUACUGACUGACAGCGUGGGCCUCUUUUAUACCCUGAGGGUCCUCUGCAUCUUCAUGUUUGUUCUCUUUCUGGCUGGCUUUACUUACCGACCUCUUGCUUCCAGUGCCAAAGAUAAAGACAGUGGAACCAAAGGAGGCAACAGAUUCUCCCUCUUUUCCAGGAGAAAGUUCAGUCCUCCAAAAAAAAUUUUCAAUUUUACCAUCUUCAAGGUGACAGCAUAUGCAGUGUGGGCAGUUGGAAUACCACUUGCACUUUUUGGAUACUUUGUGCCUUAUGUUCACUUGAUGAAACAUGUGAAUGAAAGGUUUCAAGAUGAGAAAAAUAAAGAGGUGGUUCUCAUGUGCAUCGGCAUCACUUCAGGAGUUGGACGGCUGCUCUUCGGCCGGAUCGCAGAUUAUGUGCCUGGUGUGAAGAAAGUUUAUCUACAGGUCCUGUCCUUUUUCUUCAUUGGUCUGAUGUCCAUGAUGAUUCCCCUGUGCAGCCUCUUUGGGGCCCUCAUUGCUGUCUGUCUCAUCAUGGGUCUCUUCGAUGGAUGCUUCAUUUCCAUUAUGGCCCCCAUUGCCUUUGAGUUAGUUGGUGCCCAGGAUGUCUCACAAGCAAUUGGAUUUCUACUCGGAUUCAUGUCUAUACCCAUGACUGUGGGCCCACCCAUUGCAGGGUUACUCCGUGACAAGCUGGGCUCCUAUGAUGUGGCAUUCUACCUCGCUGGAAUCCCUCCCCUUAUUGGAGGUGCUGUCCUUUGUUUUAUCCCAUGGAUCCAUAGUAAGAAGCAAAGAGAGAUCAAUAAAACCACUGGAGGAGAAAAGAUGGAGAAAAUGUUGGAGAACCAGAACUCUCUGUUGUCAAGCUCAUCUGGAAUCUUUAAGAAGGAAUCUGACUCUGUUAUUUAAUGUCUUACAUACCUCCACCAGACUGGACUUGCUUUUAGAAGUUUAAGCAAGUUUUCCUUUUAUAUGAAUUGCAAAUUUCUUAUUUUUUUAAUCACAUCCUAGGAAUAGCACAAUAAUUGGGAAAUAGAACCUUAUUACUACAAGAAUCAUUUUCUGCCACUGAAAGCUGUCCAAUAUUUCCAUGAGUCUGAGGCCGGAGACUCAGACCCAAUUUCAUGUACAAGAAAACCUGUCUGAAAGUCAAAUAUUAUGAGAAUAUGAAGCUAUCUCAGUAAAAAGUAACUUCAGAAACUGUGAGCGCUAUUUAGCUUAUACAAAUAUUUAAAAAUACCUCAAGCUGUAUUGAAAGGGUUGCAGUUUGGUUAGGACCGGAAAUAUUGUUUGUUGUCUCACUUGGCAUUUUUAGUUUUGGUAUCUUUGUUUUAAUUUCUUCUGCUAUUUGGAAACAAAAUUUAAGCCUGGAUUCUAGAUAAUAUCAGAUCUACUUAAAUCUCAAGUCUAUGUUAAAAUUGCUCACCUGCUCUUAAAUAAGCUUUGAAAGUAAGUUAUUCUGACUUGCUCCAGUGUCAAGGGACCUUCUUGGAGCAGGUACUGACAAGGUGUUCAGAAUCAAGGUGUGAGAUGAACAGGAUCAUGUUCAUAAGGGCAGAACAGUUCAGAAAUCAGACAUUUCUUCCAUUUACAUUUUUCCCCUUUGGAUUUGCAGUGUGUUUUACUCAAGUAGCCAGAAACACCCCAGAUUUCUGAAUUUGUUUAAAUUGUAACAAUAAAGUAAAACAGAA